AGUUCUCUUCCCACCUGAAGAGUUUUCCCAAGCUUUACUACAUACCAAUAGCUCAAAGAACAUAAAUUUAGAACCAAAAUAUAUCACACCAGACUAAAGUGAAGUGCAAUCGAUGACAGCAAACAAAAGCUUCUCCACAAACAAAGAGUUCAUUUUUCUCUGGUUUUUAUUUUUACUAACACAAUUGGGUUUGGUUUUUAUUUUUUCUCGGUCUGAAACAGGGGUUUGCUUCUUAGACAAUGAUUUCUGAGACGAGUUUUUAGAGCUGAUUUUUUCAAUAAUUUAUGGGUUUUUUUUCUUUCUUUUAUGUCAUUGUUUAUUGAAUCCAUGAAUCCCUGAUAUAUAUUGACUCAAAAAGAGAGCUGAAAAAAUUGAACAUGGAGGAGAUGAAAUGGGAAAGAGAAAGCAUGGGCUGAGUGGUCUGUUGUUUCUCUGCUUCUCAAAUGGCGGUGCAAAGUCAGAUAUUGGUAUUUUUUUAUGUCUUGUUUGUUGUGUUAAAUCUCCACCGCCCAAGUCAUCUAACGGAUCAAAAUAGAAAUCCGUAUUGAAUCCGCAAUGGAGAAAGGCCCUCAUUCUCAUAAUGUCUUAUUAUAUGUCCUGGACUACAAAUAGUGAACAAUGUGAUAUAGUCAAACUUGUCUGCGCAUGACUUUAAAAGCAUUGGUAGAAUUUUCUUCAUAAAAAAAUGGAAAAGUCAAUUUUCUCAUAGUGAAGAUUACUAAUAUGCUUCACGUAGGGUGCAUCUGAAUUUUAGCCCAACACAGUAUUUAAUUGUCCCUGUUGGGUUUCUGUUAGCGCCUUAAGUUCCACCAUGUUCAUCCUAUUCCUCUUCAGCUUGCUUCUGUCACAGCAUCAUUGUGCUGAAGUUUAUAACAUAUCUUCUUCACAACCAUUAGCACAGGGACAAACCCUCGUCUCCCCUGGCCACAUUUUCGAAUUGGGCUUCUUUAGUCCUAAUAAUUCCACGAACAAGUAUGUGGGGAUAUGGCACAAGACUAUAUUUCCCCGCAAAGUUGUUUGGGUGGCCAACAGAGAAAAGGCUCUUUCAGUUACAGACACAUUGGCUAGUUUGACAAUUAACAGCAAUGGGAACCUGGAGCUUGUAGAUGGGAAACAGAGUUCUAUUUGGUCAACCAAUAUUUCAGUGCCAUCUAAUGGUUCAGCUGCACUUCUUUUCGACAGUGGAAACUUUGUUGUCCAAGAUGAUAUAGGAGCUCAAUUAUGGAGGAGCUUUGAUUAUCCUGGUGACACACUUCUGCCAAUGAUGUUGCUGGGAUUCGAUAACAAAUUUGGAAAGAGGGAUGUAUUGACUGCCUGGAAAAGUGAGAGUGAUGCAUCAACCGGGUUGUUCUCGGUUGGAUUGGCACCACAGAUCCCAACACAAAUGGUCAUUCGGAUUAAUGGAUCAACUCCCUACUGGAGAAGUGGGCUAUGGGACAAAGCAACGUUCCUUGGCAUACCAGGAAUGAAUGAUGAAUAUCUAAGUGGAUUAAAUCUAGAUGAUAAUGUGCAGCAGGGAACAAAGUAUUUCUCUUUUUUCUUUAACAGAAUUCUGGCAUAUAUGGAAAUCUCUUAUAAAGGUACACUAAAGCUUAUGUAUUCCGAACAUGGUGAGAACUGGAAUCUUGACUGGGAGGCCCAAAAGAAUCCAUGCGACCAUUAUGGAAUAUGUGGACCUUUUGGGGUUUGCAAAGCUUCCGAGUCUCCAAUCUGCAAGUGUUUGAAAGGGUUUAAACCCAAGUCACAAGAGGAAUGGAGCAAAGGAAACAGGGCAAGGGGGUGUGUGAGGAAAACCAAAUUGUUUUGUCGGAGUAACACAAGUCAGUCAGUUCCUUCAAGAGGAAAACAAGAUGGGUUUUUGAAGAUGUCAAGUGUAAACCUACCAGAUUUUCAUGAGUAUAUUUCGAGGUACAGUGCUGAAGAUAUUUCGAAUUUGGGUGCUGAAGAAUGCAAGGUAAAGUGCAUAGGUAAUUGUUCUUGCCUGGCUUAUACACAUAUUAACAAUAUAGGGUGUUUGGUCUGGUCCAAAGACCUUAUUGAUAUUCAAGAGUUUGCCUCUGGGGGAAAUGAUCUUUUUGUUCGCCUAGCACAUGCAGAAUUAGGUGAACGAAAGCAAAUAAAGUUAAUGGUCAGCCUCAUAGCUGUUUGUUUUAUCAGUAUCUUGGCUGGCAUAGUGUUUAGCUUGCACAGAUUGCGAUCUAACCAAAAGAGAAACGUCAAGGUAACACCUAAGGACUCUGAAAUGGCUGAUACGAUUGAGACUUCAAGAGACGCUCUUCUUCAUGAAUAUAUAAGAAAACAUGAUCCAUCAGAGCUAGUAAUCUAUGAUUUUGAUAGCAUAUCAAUUGCUACGAGCGAUUUCAGCAUCACAAACAAACUCGGAGAAGGAGGAUUCGGGCCUGUAUAUAGGGGUAAGCUACAAGAAGGGAAGGAAAUAGCAGUAAAAAGACUAUCUAGUAGCUCAGUACAAGGUAUAGAAGAGUUCAAGAAUGAGAUGCGGUUGAUCUCCAAACUCCAACAUAAGAAUCUUGUAAGGCUCAUGGGUUGCUGCAUUAAAGAUGAUGAGAAGCUACUAAUUUAUGAGUUCAUGCCAAACAAAAGCUUGGAUACUCUUUUGUUCAGUCCAAUGAGAAGAGCAGAGCUUGAUUGGGCUAAACGCUUCAAUAUUAUUCAAGGUGUUGCUAGAGGACUUCUUUAUCUCCAUCAUGAUUCCUGUUUGAAGGUAAUACAUAGAGAUUUGAAGGUAAGUAAUAUUCUGUUGGAUGAGAAGAUGAGCCCCAAAAUUUCAGAUUUUGGAUUGGCACGUAUCUUUGAAGGGACACAGAAUCUAGCAAACACUCAGAAGGUUGUGGGAACUCUUGGCUAUAUGUCUCCGGAGUAUGCCAUGGGCGGGAUAUUUUCUGAAAAAUCUGACAUAUAUAGCUUUGGAGUCUUGCUAUUGGAGAUUAUUGGUGGCAGGAAGAAUACCAGCUUCUAUUAUCAUGACCAAGAGCUAGGCUUGAUAGCUUAUGCAUGGCACUCAUGGAAUGAAGGCAGGGGAUUGGACUUGGUUGAUGACGUCUUGGCAGAUUCAUAUUCCCCAUCAGAAGUGAUGAGAUGUGUGCAUAUUGGUCUUCUUUGUGUACAGGACGAUGCCGCAGAUAGGCCAACCAUGCCAGAUGUAGUUUUCAUGCUGAGUAGGGAGACAGAUCGCCCACAACCUAAGCGGCCUAUAUUUACUUUCCGAAGCUCAGUCUCUGAUCCUCAACCACAGUACAACAACAUUUGCUCCGCAAAUGAAGAUACCAUAACACUGCUUCAAGGACGAUAAGGAAUUGCAGGCAAUCCUUGGUUGCAACAAUUUCUUCUCUUCCCUAGCUUCGUACCCUUGUCCCACCAAUGUUUUUUUUUCUGAAAAUCUUUCCUUUUUGUUUCUUCUGUGAUUUCUUUAUAGGUAUGCAAAU